AUGAGCAGCAGCUCAAAGGCUAUCGACAAUGCGCGCAUCAAGGCAGAAGCAUCCCUACCCGCCAUUGACGCGCCAGACGACGAUGGCUUUGACAUCGACAAGUUCCUCAACGCUGAAGCGUCAUCCCUUGCCAAAGAACAAGAGGUCAUGCGCGUCAUCAGGGCGUUCAAGCUGAAUCCCUAUGCUAUCCUCGAUCUGCCCAUGGAUCCGGGCAGAGUGACCGACGAUGACAUCCGCAAGACGUACAGGAAAAAGUCGCUCAUGAUCCAUCCCGACAAGUUCAAGCAUCCGCAAGGCAUCGAAGCGUUCGACAAGCUCAAGAAAGCUUCGACCGACCUGCUCACGCCCAAUCUACGCGCUUCCCUCGACGUGACGAUCAAGGACGCCCGCAUGCUCGUACUCAGAGCACUCGUGCCUCCCUUGCCCCGAGAAACGCCGGACGACCAUCCUGUCUUGCGCCGUCUACGCGAUCCACCUCUGAACGAACGCAUCAGCAUGAAGACCAAGGAGAUCCUGAUAGACGAAGAAUUGCGGAGAAGACGAGCGAAGCAGAUGACCAUGAUUGCAGAAGGCGCAGAGGCCAAGCGGGUCGAAGAAGCUCAGGAAGCUUACAAGCGCAAGACAGAGGACAAGAAGAAAUGGGAGGACACACGCGAGGGCAGAGUACAAGAUUGGCGCUCGUUCCAGUCGGGUGGCAAAAAGAAGAAGCAGAAGCUCGAAGUGCUCGGCUAG